CUCCGCCCCCUGCCCCCAACAACGAGCGCCCCAUGCCCCAGCGCCCACCUGCCGGGCCGACCCUCCUGGGGGGUAUGGUACUACUGUGAAAUGUUGCUACUUUUCUUUUUCCCCCUACUUUCUGUCUUUCAGAAAUAUAGAAAUGUAUAGGUGUCCCCACUUCGGCCAUUAAAGUACCCAACUUUCAAAGUUUCUACUGUUUUCAGUAGGUCUUUGCUGACUGGCUAGAGCUCGCAUUUUUCUAGCAGAGCGUCCGGUUGUACCUUAUUUAGGAGUAGAACUUUACUGCUUCUAUUUCUGGAACUACUUGUCUUUUCCUUUCCUUUUUUUGUUUUUUGUGUUAGAAUUAAUUACUCAUUGGAGUACUAGUUUCCUGUUGAUCGCGAUUUUGUGGAGGAGAGAUGCAGGGUGGUGGCAAGAGGGAAGAGGCAGGGCCUUCUUCUGCAAGUGGGGUUGUAAAAGAUUACCCGAAAGGACAAUUAGAGAUCAAUGACAAGGCUGAAAAUCUUGCAGUGGUCAGCAGUGAUGAUGAGGAGGAGCAGCAUCAAAACCAUGAUGAGGGUGACGAUGCUGAUGGGGGCAAAAUUGCUAAUUUCGUUCCCGGCCCACUUAUUUCUCUCAAGGACCAGAUUGAAAAAGAUCAGGAGGAUGAGAGCCUCAGGAAGUGGAAAGAAAAGCUGCUUGGUUGUCUUGAAAGUGAUUUAAAUGGGCGAGUGGAGCCUGAAGUUAAGUUCCAUUCAAUUGGAAUUUUAUCCUCGGACUUUGGGGAGAUUAAUACUCCCUUGCCUGUUUGUGGAGACCAAAGCAAACCUGUACUAUUUACUCUCAAGGAGGGGUCUGAGUAUCGGCUAAAGCUAACGUUCUCCGUUCUUCACAACAUUGUAUCAGGUCUGGCUUACACAAAUACUGUUUGGAAAGGUGGAGUUGAAGUGGAUCGAAAGAACGGAAUGUUGGGCACGUUUGCUCCUCAGCGAGAACCAUAUAUCCAUACCUUAGAGGAGGAGACCACUCCAUCUGGUGUGCUUGCCAGAGGAAAUUAUACAGCAAAGCUUAGGUUUGAAGACGAUGAUAGAAGAUGUCAUAUGGAGCUUGAUUAUGUCUUGGAAAUAAGAAAGAGCAGGUAGCCUGCAGCCAAGUCGUCAUUGAACGCUCUUCAUCUGUCAUUUGGAGAUUCGUUUUUUCGUUUUCCCUUAUUUUUGUCAGCCAAAUCUUUCGAUAGCGAGCUUGCAUUUCCAUUUACCAGCAAUGUUUGGCUCUGUGUAGUUGGUUUUCUGGUAUUCACGAAUCAUCAAUGCUGAGAUUUCGAAAGUGUUCCAACUUUCUCA